UCUUGAAGAGCAUCCGCGAUGUUGUCUUCAGGCCCCGCACCAUUCCUUGCCACGUCAUCCCGUUAUGUCUUUUUCUUCUUCACGCUCUUUUCAUGCGCAAAUGCGUCCCCUGUGUCUCGGAGAGACACUGAUCCUAACUUAACUCCCGUCUCUGCAGGUCUCCUCGCUCUCGGACUCAGCCUGCCUUUCGUUGUCCUCGCGCUUCUGAAGUAUUUGUAUCUCAAGUAUAGACGAGCGCAUACAAUUCACCACGGUCCGAGAAGCUCACCCUAUGGGGAGCAAAUUCUGUCGAGGUCGUCUGCCGACGUGCUGAGCGAGAAGUGCAGCUCCCCUCUGGUCGGUCUUGGUUUGGACGCAUCUAGCGCGUCGGCCGCGUUUGCACCGCCUUCUAGCUUGGCUCCGACGAUGUCGCGCAGCUUUUGGAGGCUCGAUCGAACAACAUUUCGUGCAGCUUCUGCAAAAGCAAAUCUCAGUUUCCAGGGCUAUCUCGUCGGCUUUCUGGGCUCACCAGCCUGGGAGGCGCGCAUCACAGUUCGCGCGGACACAGUUGCUCGGUGUAUGUCUCUUGUAAAAUCCACCCCCGGCAGCUUACACCCAAGCACCUUCAGCCCGAGAAGCACGCUUAAUCGCCACCCUAGCAUGAGUCCCAACUUAUCGCCCUAUUUUACCGCAAGCGGAUUCGCUCCCAGUUCUGUCUCCAUCGGUUCUCGAGCACGUGCGACCAACUUGGGCUCCUUGAACUCCAAAGGCGGCACUGUGAGCUCGUCGGCGCGAACACGAGCUUCGACUACGAACGAUGGAAGUCUCGCCGGACGCUCACACAUUUCUGAUGCCUCUGGCCCAAACUCAGGUUUCGGCUCCCAUCGCUCUCGCAGGUCUCACCAUCGAGCUGCUUCCGCGUCUGCACCUGUUAGUUCUCGCCGCGGGUCUGGCUCUAUGUCUAAAGGCGCUCCGUCUUCCAGUUCUCGCUCGAACAGACAGUCUCAAUCAUCGAAGCAUGCUUCUGCGUCCCUUAACACCCAUACUCGUUCCCUCAGUUUAUCCUUUCUCGAGAUGGGCACGCCGGAGCUGGGUGUUCUGUCCGGCGCGACCAAAGAAGAAAACUUCGCAAAGGCUGCGGAGCGGGCUCUCAGCAUUGUCACUGCCGCUGCCACUACUAGCGGCGCUCGUGGCACGCUCACCGAGAGAGCGCCUUUCCUUUACGGCCCCUCCGCUCGAGAGGUUAGCAAGUUAACAUUCGAUAGGUCCAGGAGCAUUGAGGACUGCUCCAGUGUUCACCCUGGCUCGCCGCCCUGUAUCCCCCUUCCCUCCCCUGCCCCUGGUUCGUAUCCGUAUAGUCUUUCCUCACGUUCACUUUUCACGACUACCAAGAAAUCUUCCAUGACGAAUGACAUCUGGUCAUCUUCCUCCAUGCCGCAUAUAUUGAAGCCGACAACGAAUAGAUCCGUUAAUGAACUGGGAGAGAAUGAAUUGCCGGCUGCAGGUGCACGUUCUGAAGUCUCCCCAUAUCUAACACCGUACUAUUUCUCGCCGCGUUUGGUUUCUUCACCAAUCUCGCCAAACCCUCCACCACACGUUUCCCCGAAUUUGGGUAUAUCAUCCAACUUUUCAGUGUUGUCGCCGUCUCCGACUUGCCGUAAGUGUAUCGUUCACUUUGCAUCAAUGUAUACUUAA